AUGCAGGAUGCGACAACAUCUCUGCGCAACAUCCUCAAGAACGAAGUUGCUCAGGUUAAAUUUCGCGAGUUCCUGUCCACUGAGUAUGGUGAAGCGCAACUAGACUUUCUGCUCGAGGCCAUGAAGCUUGAGAAGCUCGAUGCCGGCGAGCAAGACCAGGCAGCAACCAAGGUGUACAAGGAGUUCGUGGCAGCGCAGGGCGCGGGAAUCGGGCAGCAAGACCGGACAAAAGGAACGCAGCAGCUAUGGGACUUUGCCAACUCGUCGCAGGGUGAAACCCUUGAGCCUGGCGUGGCGAUGCAGAAGGUUCAGGAAGAAGCUGAAACUACCCUCGGCAUGCUGGCAUUUGACGCAUUUCCGCGAUUUCUGAAGUCAAAAUACAGCAAGGCCGUCAUGGAAGACCUCAAGACAGGGUCGAACCCCAACGAGGUGGCUGCUCUCGAAGGAGCUAUCAACACUUCUGAAUCGAAGCAACCUGGCGACGCUGACGAAUGGCUAAACAUGUUCGUGUCCACCGCUGAGUUCUUCCCGGCGUGCAUCGUCAUCUCCGACAUGACCAUCCCUGGUGCCCCCAUGGUGUACAUCAACGGAGAGUUCACCAAGACCACCGGCUACACCAAGGAGGAGGCGGUCGGACGAAACUGCCGUUUCCUCCAGGGUCCAGAGACGGAGCCCGAGUCCAUCGCCGUCAUCCGCAACACCCUCUCCAAGGGUCAGGACUGCCACGUUAAGCUCACCAACUACCGCAAGAAUGGCGAGAAGUUCCAGAACCUCCUGUCCAUGAAGCCUGUGUUCGACGCAGAUGACAUUUACCGGUACGUGAUCGGCGUGCAGUUCGAGAUCCUCCAGGACGAAGGGUUGAAGAAGCGUCUGGUGCAGCUGGACAAACUCCUGCGCCUGCUUCCUAGCCGACUGAACCUCAAGUCCAAGGCUAAGGCUAGAAUGAGGGGAAAGAUGGCUUCCAAAACGAACGGCGAGGCAAACUCGGCGUUGCAAGACAAGGAGUCUAUUGUCAAAGCUGAAGCUGCUGAGGGCGACGCAAGUAUGUCAGGCCCAAGGGCUAUGGUCGAGGAUGAGGUUGACAUGGACUGCGCCCACAUGAACUUCGACAACACGAUAUUUUCGUUCACGAGAAUCAUGUGGCUCAGCAACCCGACCAAGUACCUUUCUGCCCUCGUGGCCGACUGGCCAUGCCGAGCGGUCCUGUCCGAAUUCGUCAAGACGUGUUCCGUGGUGUACGAGGGUCACUUCGAAUUUUUCGUGCAGUCCGAAGUGCUCCGCAACACGCCAGCUGGGGACAAGGAAAAAGUGUCGAAGGCUAUGCACCGAGUCAUGGACCACAACCAGCUGUUCUAUUGCACCAACAACGAGAUCGUGGUUGGCGACAUGCCCAAGACCAACAUGGACCCGAUCCACGCCGAGAUUGAGAUGAAGGCACAACAGUCUCUGUACUUCUUGGCACAAGACAUGUUUCCUCGCUUCCUGAACUCGAGGUUCGGGCUGUCUCUCAUCAAGCAGCUUCGCGCGCGUGAAAUUGCUGGGGAGAAGCCGCCAAUCAACACCGUCGCUCUAGACAAGAGCUCGAGUUCUUCGCAGUUCUGGCUGGAAAUGUUCAAGACCAUGUCUGAGACGGUAUCCGUCGGGAUGGUGGUGGCCGAUAUGAACGUCCCUGGGUGUCCCCUCGCCUACAUAAACGAGGGAUUCAAAACUGUCACCGGCUACGGCAAGGAGAACAUUGGACGCAACUCCAAGUUCUUGCAGGGGGAAGAAACCGAGGGGUACAUGGUGGAGGAGAUCAUGCACGCUCUGCAGCAACACGAGCCCCUGUGCUGCAAGCUUCACAACCACAAGGCUGACGGCCGGAAGUUCCAAAACCUCCUCUGCCUCCACCCUGUCUUGGGCAAAGAAGGGGAGUACCUGUACCAAAUCGGCAUGCAGGUGGAGCUGCAUUCGCACCCCGGCAUGAUGGCACAGAUCAUGGAGAUGGAACGAGUCCUGCGUCUCUUACCAAGCUGUGUCACCGGAGACAGCGGUGAUGACAUCCAACGCAUAAUCCCGGUGGAUUACACCGGCGACGGAAACUUGCCUCCCCGUGUGUUGGACAUGUCGGCUAUUCCAUCGGCCGGGUCUGGAGCGGGGGGGGGUAUGGCGGGGGGUAUGAUGGGUAUGCCUGGUAUGGGUAUGCCUCCGUCCGCGGCCGGAGGUGCGGCAAAGGCUGCUGACCAAGAGGUUGGGGAUCAGAUCAAGUCCGAAAUCACCGUGGGUGGCAAGAAGAAUAAGACUCACUAUGGGAAGAAAUUCGGGAAGAAGCACAAGUCUGCCAUGCUCGACUUCACCAAGUCACUGUGGAUGCAGGAUGCUGCUGCAUCUCUCAAAAAUGUUCUCAAGAGCGAGGUGGCGCAGAAACAGAUGCUUGCCUUCUUGGGGACCGAGUACGGCGACGCCCAGCUUGAAUUCUUCCUUGAAGCGCAGAAGAUGGCCGACCUCGAAGGACAGGCACAGCAGGACGCUGCCCUGAAAGUUUACACUCAGUUCGUUGCAGCCCAGGGGUCAGGCAUAGGGGCCCAAGACCGCACCAAAGGAACCCAAGAGCUUUGGGACAAGUGCAACAAAGAAGCUGGUGAUACGGUAGACGGCCCCGCUGCUGUCGCGAUUGUGGCCGACGAGGCAGAGAAGACCCUCAAUAUGCUCGCCUUCGAUGCUUUCCCCCGGUUCCUGAAGUCCAAAUACUGCCAAGCCGUCAUGGACGACCUCAAGAAGAAAUCCGGCGGGGACUCGUCGGCACUGGAGGGUGCACUGUCCUCAGCUGGGUCCAACAUGCCUCAAGACGCGGACGACUGGCUAAACAUGUUCAUCUCUUCGGCCGAGUCAUUCCCGGCGUGCAUCGUCAUCUCCGACAUGACCAUCCCUGGUGCCCCCAUGGUGUACAUCAACGGAGAGUUCACCAAGACCACCGGCUACACCAAGGAGGAGGCGGUCGGACGAAACUGCCGUUUCCUCCAGGGUCCAGAGACGGAGCCCGAGUCCAUCGCCGUCAUCCGCAACACCCUCUCCAAGGGUCAGGACUGCCACGUUAAGCUCACCAACUACCGCAAGAAUGGCGAGAAGUUCCAGAACCUCCUGUCCAUGAAGCCUGUGUUCGAUGGAGACAACAUUUACCGGUACGUGAUCGGCGUGCAGUUCGAAAUCCUUGAAGACAAGGGGUUGAAGAAGCGUCUGGUGCAGCUGGACAAGCUCCUGCGCCUGCUUCCUAGCCGACUGAACCUCAAGUCCAAGGCGUCGGCUCAGGCACGUGGCGCUUUGGCAGCGAAAACAACCGGUGAAGCCAACACUAUGAUUUCCGCUAAGGAGCAAAUCCUGAGUGCUGGCGAGCAACGGGAAGAGAAAGAGGCAACGGCAGGCGGCGCCCGUCCCAAGCAGAAGUUCAAGAAGAAAAAGAAGGCCGCGGGUGCGGCCCAGGCCGACAACUACGAUGGUACAAUCUUCGCCUUCACGAAGAUCAUGUGGCUGCAAGACGCCGCUACCACGCUGCGAUCCAUGCUUAUGGACCAAGCAGGCUUCAUGGCGUUCGAUGGCUUCCUCAAGCAAUGUGGUUCCCAAUUGUCGCAGACGCACCUGCGUUUUUGGGUUGAAGCGCAACAGAUUCUGAUGUCCCAAGGACCGCAGCAGGUUAAAGCCGCCCGGCAGUUGCACAUGCGGAUGUGGAAGAACUCGCUCUUCUACUGCACCACAAACGAGAUCGUCAUCGGCAAUCUCAAUCGCACCGGGUGGCCCCCCCUGAUCCAGGAGAUGGCUAGGUGGCAGGAACUGAGCCUGUACUUCCUGGCGCAGGACUGUUUCACCCGCUUUAUGGAAGCCCCGCAAUCCCGCGAGUUCGUGUAUGCUCUUGUGCAGCGCGAGGUCAACGGAGAACAACUCCCCGUCAAGACUGUCUCCUUCGGGCUGGAUCCGGAGUCCCCGGGAUACUGGAUGGACAUGCUUAAGGCGAUGUCAGAAACCCUACGAAUCGGGUUGGUGGUCAGCGACAUGUUCGUCCCGGGUUGCCCGUUGGCAUACCUCAACGAGGGCUUUGCUGCCCAAACAGGAUACGGCAAGGAGAACAUCGGGCGUAACUCCAAGUUCCUUCAGGGCCCCAUGACGGAGGGUUACAUGGUCGAAGAGAUCGUCGAAUCGCUGCGCCACGCUGACCCGCUUUUCUGCAAGCUGCAGAACCACAAGCCAGACGGUUCUGUCUACCAGUUGUGUCUGUGCCUGACGCCCGUCUUCAACGUCGACGGAGAGUACAAGUAUCAGAUUGGCUGCCAGGUGGACUACGACCCGAACAACCCGGAAACGCCGAUGUUCAUCAUGGAACUCGAGCGGGUCGUCAGGAACUUGCCCCAGACGAUCACAGGGGAGACCCCAAAGGCCAUGCCCACCCGUACCCAGGAGCUAGAGGACUUCCUCGCGUCUAUAACCGCCGGCGGGACGGGUGCUGGUCCAGGAGGGCUGACGGCUACACCACCGUCGGGAAGUGCCCCCUCUGGUGGAGGGCACCCCAGGCCUGGCGCCUCGUGGACGCCCGCUUAA